GAAACAGAAAAGUGCGUCAAACAAAAAUGGCCAAAGUCGGUGAUGUGGACAACCGGCCGGUACAGCAGGGCUUUCGGCGCGAAAGUGAUGAGGGCAAGGCGGUGGCCGGCACGUCCGAAAGCCCCGACGCUGGCGGCGGCGGUGGCAUCGAGAUGAAGAAGGAGCUUGGCCUGAUGGAUGGAGUGGCGAUCAUCGUGGGCGUGAUCGUCGGUGCCGGCAUCUUCGUCUCGCCCAAGGGUGUGCUGCUCUACUCCGGCUCGAUCGGUGUGGCCAUCAUCGUGUGGAUACUGUCCGGUGUGCUGAGUAUGGUCGGUGCGCUGUGUUAUGCCGAGCUGGGCACCAUGAUUCCCAAGUCGGGCGGUGAUUACGCGUACAUCGGUGAAGCGUUCGGUCCGCUGCCAGCGUUCCUGUACCUUUGGGUGGCACUGCUGAUUCUCGUCCCGGCCGGCAAUGCCAUUACCGCGAUCACGUUCGCCCAAUAUCUGCUGCAGCCGCUGUGGCCCACCUGCGAACCGCCGUACGAGUCGGUGCGCUUGCUAGCCGCCGUUAUAACCUGUCUUCUUACCGCGAUCAACUGUCGAAAUGUGAAAUGGGUCGCCCGGGUGACGGAGACGUUCACGGGGAUGAAGGUGUUGGCCCUGCUCGUCAUUACCGGUGCCGGUGCGUGGCAUCUGAUGAGUGGCAACACGGAGCUGCUCGAGGCCCCGUUCGCCAACUCCAAGAUACAGCCCGGCUUCAUUGCGGUCGCUUUCUACAACGGGCUGUUUUCGUACUCGGGCUGGAAUUAUCUCAACUUUGUCACGGAGGAGCUGAAAGAUCCCUACCGCAACUUACCUCGCGCCAUCUGCAUCAGCAUGCCGGUCGUCACUGUCAUCUAUGUCAUCACGAACAUCGCCUACUUUGCGGUGCUACCGCCGGACGAGAUGCUUUCCUCGCAGGCCGUCGCGGUUACAUUUGCGGAGAAAAUGCUCAGCUUCAUGGCCUGGACGAUGCCACUGUUCGUGGCGUGCUCUACCUUCGGCUCGCUGAACGGUGCCAUCUUUGCCUCGUCGCGACUGUUCUUUGUGGGCGCCCGAAACGGACAUCUGCCGGCGGCACUUUCACUGAUCAACAUUAACUGUCUGACGCCGAUACCUUCAUUGCUGUUCCUGUGUGCCCUUACGCUUCUGCUGCUGUUCAUUCGCGAUGUGUUUGCGAUCAUCAACUACGUCAGCUACGUGGAGAUCUUGUUCAUCUUCAUUUCCGUCGCCGGUCUGUUACGGUUACGGCAGAAGGCUCCCGAUGCACACCGACCCAUCAAGGUGUCCCUGAUCGUUCCGAUCGUGUUCUUACUGACGGCUGGAUUUUUGGUCAUCUUCUCGGUGUUUGAGUCGCCGAUGGAGGUCGGCAUCGGUACGCUCGUCAUACUGCUGGGCAUUCCCGUGUACUACGUCACGAUCGGGAAACCGUGGCGCUGGCUGACCCAAAAGUCGCAAUCGUUCAAUCGAUUCUGCUCCAAACUGUUCCUAUGCAUGCCGAACAGCGAAAAGCUCGACUAGGAUCUGAUGGCCUAGGCGCAUCCGCAAACAAAGCCACCCGUGUAUCAAGCUCAAACAUUAAUCUCAACGAAGGACAGUCCGAUGCCCGGUCGAAUAGCGCCCUCUUGCUCACAUAUCAUCUGUACUGUGUAUAUAGAGACUAUACUUUGCAUGGAUAGUUACAGCAACAACAAACAAACAAAAAACAUUAAAAUGAUAUGCUUCAACAGCAACAACAUCAUUGAAAAAAAAACUAAAAACAUAACCCAUAAUCAACGUAAUUGCCUUCUCUCAAGCGCUCUUUCCACUGUUUUGUCGUGUCGAAUCGAUUUCUUAGGUGUAAGACAUUAAUCUAAUGAGUAAAGAAACUGAUACAGCAACACGGAAGCUCAACGUUGGCCUAUUGCAAUUGGCGUGUGUGAUCGUUUCACUUUGAAGCUACAAUACGACGGAGGAUUUCAAGUUUAGAGCGCUUUUCGCACGACGCCUUAACUGUAGUAUGCAUGAAAUAGAAAUUACAAUAGUCAAUUUACAGUUUGUACAGGUUAGAUAGGCAGGGAGCAAUUUAUAAGAUUGUAGAGCUAAAAGAGAACGAAUUACGAAGAUUAGUUAAGUCAUAUUUAUCUGCUCUUAUAAUCUGCCUUCAAAAUCGAACGCUUCUGAUAAUGGCUGGUCGAAUGCAACGGUUAACAGCGAAAAGUUUGAUUGCUCCAAAGUCCCCUUGAGGGAUUGCUUCCAGCGACGGGAUUUUCCGGAGUUGUUGUGCUCAAAUAAUAUUCCAUGAUAUGCUGCUCAAUGAAUAUCUACACUGAUUUACACACAAACCUAAACUCUUACACACACACAGACACAGACACAGACACAGCAAGACAUAACAGAACGAACCAAGACUGUUAUUCGACUACAUUUGAAUAAGGGAUUUUAUACAAUAAAUAUAUUUCGAUUUGUAAGAUGUUUGUAAUUUACACGUCAAUAAUUAAUAAAAUGAAGAAUGAAAAGAUCA